UUUCAGUUUCUGUGUCGCAGAAAACCAAAGAUGGUUCGAGUAGAGAGGCCUGUGGUUGACAUGUCUGUAACUCUGUUCUUUCCCCUCACACAGGUGGUGAAGAGACAAGGAGAAAAGGGGGAGAGUCCCAUGAUCGGUGACAAGGUGUUUGUUCACUACACAGGGAAACUGCUCAAUGGGAAGAGGUUUGACUCAAGCAUUGACCGCAAGGAGCCAUUCAGCUUUAACCUGGGCAAAGGUCAGGUGAUUAAGGCCUGGGAUAUAGGUGUAACCUCCAUGCUGAAAGGAGAGAUCUGCACUCUCCUCUGUAAUCCUGAGUACACCUAUGGUACAGCCGGCAACCCCCCCAAAAUCCCCCCCAAUAGCUCACUGCUGUUUGAGGUGGAGCUGCUGGACUUCAGUGGAGAGGAGUUGACAGAAGAUGGUGGCAUCGUCCGGAGGAUAAAGGUCAAAGGGGAAGGCUACAACAAUCCCAAUGAUGGAGCAUCAGUCCAUGUGCACUUAAAGGGAAGUUAUGGGGGUCGAGUGUUUGACACACGGGAUGUGCACUUCAUCGUGGGAGAGUCAGAGGAUGCUGGAGUGCCCUUGGGAGUGGACAGGUCCAUGGAGAAGAUGCAGAAGGGAGAGUGCUGCCUGCUGUAUCUGAAGCCCAAAUACGGUUUUGGAACCGAGGGGAAACAGCAGUAUGCCAUUGGACCAAAUGCUAAUGUGGUAUAUGAAGUGACACUCAAAGACUUUGUAAAGGCCAAAGAAUCUUGGGAAAUGGACCUGAAUGACAAACUUGAGCAGUCACUUUUGGUCAAACAGAAAGGGACUCAGUAUUUCAAGGCUGGGCGAUAUUAUCAAGCUGUGAUCCAGUACCAGCGGAUUGUGUCUUGGCUGGAGAUGGAGUGUGGAGUGAGUAAAGACCAGCAACAGGCCAUCCAGGAUCUGCUGCUUGUGGCUCACCUCAAUCUGGCAAUCUGUUACCUUAGACUACGGGACUUCUCAAAUGUGGUGGAGAACUGCAACAAGGUGAUUGAGACUGAUGCUGACAAUGAGAAGGCCCUUUACCGGAGAGGGGAGGCUCGUCUUCAGCGGAAUGAGCUUAGUUUGUCCUUAAGAGACUUCCGGCAUGUUAUCCAGGUGAACCCCUCCAACCGUGCCGCUCAUUCUCAGAUCAGCAUCUGCCAGAGGAAGAUGCGUGAGCACCAUGAACAGGACAAGAAGAUCUAUGCCAACAUGUUCCAGAGAUUUGCAGAACACGAUGCUAAGGUGGCCCGGCUAAAGAGGAAGCGAGAUGGCAGCAAGGCAGGCGACCUCAGCAGUAAACGAAAACAGCGCAGAAGUCAGGACUGUUCCUAAUCUCAGAGGAGGAGCACUGGGGCCAUUACCAAAGCCACAUCCCCAGAGGACCGCAGAAAGGGGCCGGGCGUCUGGUCUCCCCUGUCACCCCACACUAAAACAGCCGGGUUGGGGGGCUGUGAGGGAAUCAUGGCGCUUCAUGCCCCUAUCCACCAAAAUAAAACAAAUCAGCCCUGACCCCAACACUGGGACAAGGGGAGGCUCCAAACGUCAUUUUGUCAAAGACAUGGGUCGCAAACAAAACAAAACAAAACAAAACAAAACAAAACAAAACAAGACAAAACUGGGGAAAGCUUGAAAAACUGCACAUGGUUCCUACAUGUCCACUUGCAACUAGCCUCCCUACCCUUUGUGCUUCACCAAUCUCUCUGUCUGUCUUUUUCUGUGUAAUUUAUAGUUAAAUAUUGCAUUACAUGAAUGAUCUCUUAAUAAUUUGUUAUGCAACUGUGUGGAUGCUCCAGAUUUAGUUUGGUUUAGAUGCAGUAUUCCUUUGGUUGUCUCUGUUUAUUUAGCACAAAGGGACAAGGUGUCUGUCAGCUGGAUGGACAUGGACCCGAGUGUUACACGCAGUGCAUUUACAUGAAUAGGAGUAUGAAUAUUUAGUAUGUAGGAUACAAGAGGCCGUUCUGUUGACACUGUUUAAAGUGUUAAAAGUUCUCUCAAUUAUGCAGACGAGUGCACUCUUCCCCAAAGGGAAAAAAACUGAUACGUGACAAAGUCACAUCAGACUCUAAAGAGGGAUACACUCUGCUGAGGCUAUGGACAUACAGCAUAUCCUGCUUCAGCAUCAGUGAAGGAUCCAAAAACUUCUCAAGACCCUUUGGAUCGCUUCCUGUGUUGGGAACACAAUUUUCCUUGCAUCCUUUAUGGAAAAACAUCACUCUCUCACUCACACUUCAGCUGUGAACAUAAGGGAGAGCAUAGGUUCAUUUGCAUGUUAUUUUGGUACAAUGAGAUGGUCAAUAUGGGCACAUAUGUGUAUACAAAAACAAACAGAUGAAAAAUAUCAGGCAGCAUCAAUGUUAUAGAAUCUUUGAUAGUUUCAUUUAUAUGACCCUUUUACUCCUGUAGUGGCAGAUCUCUCUUCCAAUGUGUCCUUAAACUCUGCAGCUCUCUGAAGGAGUAAUGCUGUCAUGAACACUCAUCAGACAUAGUGUCAUUUGAACUCUCUCACCUAAGGGUUGGGUAGUUUACAUCAAGUGCUGUUUGUACUGAUUCCAUUCAAUAAUGUAUUCUGUUGAUCAAUUGAUGAAACCGUUGUUCUAGAUGACACAUUUAUUUUGCAUUGGUUGGUUAUAAAGUGUUUGGAUGUUUACAGCAGUAUCAAUGAGAGUUUUACAGUAAUCAAAAAAAAAAGAAGAAGAAGAAAGAAUCAAAGAAUCUCACUGCCUUCUCCUUAUUCAAGGCUGCUGUUUUAUUCUGUGUUCAAAUAUGUUUGUACAAUCUUUUCAUAGCUUUGGGAGACUUUGGGAGAUCACAUUGUUCCCCCUUCGUUCUUCUCUUCUGUUCACAUCUGCAACAUCUUGUGCUUCUUGUUUUAAGCUCUAUUGCCUUGGUAAUCAAUAACCACAUUAAUAUUACAUGCACUAUAAGCUUCAACUUUUCUUUAAGAUGUUUCAGUUUAAGCUUUUCUCAAGAAAGGUAAAAGCUAAUGCAAUCGUUAUUGUUUAUGACAGUCCUGGUAUUAUUAAUAACCAACAUUUUGAACCAAUAGGUAGCAACAUAUAAGUUUCAGAUACUCAACACACAUCAGAAAACUGACUGAAUAGCUGAAAAUCAUAUAUUGGAGAACAAUUAGGCUCCAUUAAGACCAUACCAAACCACCACUGUAAGACAAACUAUAUUUAUACUGUGCCCCCUGUUCAAUUACAUCUGUUUGUUUUAAAUGUGUUAAAGCUACUGGCCAAUAGAGGGUGCUCUUUUGAAAUACUUCACAGACUCCACUGUGUCAAAAGAGAAUGUAUAAAUAUUAUGAUCCAUUUGUUCUUAAAUUCUGCAAAUCAACUUCCAUCUUUGCUUCAUCCAAAGUUGCAUAUUACAAGUGAAUAGAAUUGAGAAUAUAGAAUGAGAAUAUGUGAAUAGAAAGUGGCGAUUUGAUCAUAUUUGUGCAAAUACAAUGAAGUCAUGUUAGGAAGCGAUAUUCUGGAUGUUUUUAAGUCUGAUCAUGGUCUCUUAUUUGAAUUGAGCUUUUCUAUCUAUCUGUACUUUGACAAAAAAUGCACACAAGUGGCUUAAAAACCUAUUACUGAAGCUAAUGGACAAGUAAUCCACAAAUAUAAGUCUAAUCAAAUUCUAAUCAACCUGUAAUGUGAUUGCAAAAAUUAAACCUGUAUUGUUUUAUGUCUUUACAGAAAACAGAUAUUAGUUAAGGCAUUACUUCAUAAGACAUCGUCAUCAACACUGUUUAAGUAUAUAAAGAGAAAACCCAAGACUUGAAAACCUAUUUUAUGGAGGCUAAGAGGCUAAUGAGCAGUACUGUAAAUAAAUAUUUUGAAUCUGAA